AUGCAUUUAUUAUUUUAUACACUCUUUUUAUUGUUCGCAGCUGUCGCUUCAGCAUUUCCUAAUGGGGCUGGUACCUGUCUUUCAAAUCAAACGAUUAUUGAAGGUGUGCCGAAUUCACCUAUGGGUAAACUUAAUGCCAGCUUAGGCUACGACUUUAAAGUUCGAAUGAAGAACAAUAAUUAUGUUCCAAAAGGUCCACCAGUCUGUUUUGAAAUUACUGGAAAUAAACCUUUCAAAGGUCUCUUAUUGUACGCUUUAGACUCUAAUAAAAAUCAUGUUGGGCAAUGGGUUCUUCGACGUGGUUUCCAAUUUAAGGAAAAUUGUACCGGUGAUCCAAAAGGAACACUCACCCAUAGUUGUCCAGCAAAAAAGCGACCUGGCAUCAAAUUUAAGUGGAGACCUCCGCAAAUGGAUGUCGGUCCAAUCACUUUCGUUGGUACAAUUGUUGUUAGUACCGAAGAAGGAUUCCAGAUCGUAAAAACUAAUCAGUCCUUUACAGCCUGCGGAAGCAAUAGCACAAUAGUACCUACACAACCAAGUGCUACACCAUCAAGUAAUCCAUAUGGUCAAUCAAGUAGUCCAUAUGAUCAAUCAAGUUAUCCAUAUGAUUCAUCAAGUAGUUCAAGUUAUCCAUCAAGUGCUACUUCAUCAAGCAAUUCAGUUAGUACCCCGCUUAAUGAUGAGUCAAGUCAAACCGCUGCCCCUAAAUCUUCUAGCACUUCUACGAUUGUUAAAUCUUUGUGGGUACAAUCAUGUUUAAUUGCCUCCUUAACAGCUUGGUACCUGUCUUCUGCUAUUUUUUAG